CAUCGAUUUGUGUUUGUACGCGUUUAGAAACGCCGGUAAUUUCUUAUAUUUGCUUAUUUAACGUAAUUUCUGUGUAUAACCAUGGGUGAAACUCAAUUAUCAGCUGUCGAAGCUGAAUUGUACGAUAGGCAAAUUAGGUUAUGGGGCAUAGAAUCGCAGCAGAAAUUGAGGGCUGCAAAUGUUUUGCUGAUCGGUAUUAGAGGUUUGGGGUCCGAGAUCGCGAAGAAUAUUUUGUUAUCGGGGAUAAAUUCGCUGACAAUUCUUGAUGAUGGUGUGGUUACCGAAGAGGAAUUGUUGAAGAAUUUUUUGCUGAGUAGGAGUAGUGUUGGGAAAAAGAUUGCUGAGGAAGUAAUGGUCAAAGCACAAGCCUUAAAUCCUUUGGUUAAAAUCGUAUCUGACACUGAAGCAGUAGGAAAAAAAGAUAUGGAUUUCUUUGAAAAGUUCACAAUUGUUAUUGCAACUGGUAUAAAAACAGAUUUACUGUUGAAAAUUGAUAAGGCUUGUCAUAGUAAGAACGUAAAAUUUAUUUGUGGAGAUGUUUUUGGAACUUUUGGAUAUUCUAUUAGCGAUUUUCAAGAACAUAAAUACAUUGAGGAACAAAUUCAGUUGAAGGGCAAAAAAAGAGACCACAAGGGUGAGGAAAAACAAACUGUGAAAGUAGAAAAUACAAUCAACUAUCCUGAACUUAAGAAAGUUGUUAUUCUGCCAAACUCAAAGCAAAGUAUUGAAGGUAUUAAGAAGAAGAAAAGGCGUAAUGUUCUUUUCUUUGUGAUGUUAACAUUAAUUGAGUUCAGAAAUCGCCACAACAGGAACCCCUCGAUAACCACCAAAAACGAAGACUUAAAAUCCUUGCAGGAAAUAAAAUCGGAAAUUUUUCAAGUUUACGAUAUCGACCCAGCAAAAGUAAACGACGACAUAUUCGAUUUGAUUUUUGGCGAAGUCGUCCCAGCUUGCGCGGCCGUUGGGGGCGUGAUUGCCCAAGAAGUUAUAAAAGCCGUUUCGCAGAAAGAAGUCCCGAUUCACAACGUAUUUUUAUUCGACCCCAUCACCUACAACGGCACCGAGGAAUGCGUCGGUGCCUAAUUUCGGUUUGUAUGUGCAUUUUUUAUGAUGAUUAAUA